UCCGACAUUAACCCGAGGGACUCGAAUCCAACCGAUCACCAUCACUUGCUGCAUGUUGGAGAGUCUCUCACUUACCCCACUACAGAAUACAACGUAAUCCACAGCCACAAGGAACAGGCUUCCUAACCCUCGGCGCCGAAUCGAUGGUUUGUUAACUGCAGUGAUACAGGGUGUAGUUGGGACAUCGCGUCAUUGCUUUCCGCUGAAGCCACUUGAAUUUUUUUUUCUUCCCCCCCCAUCUCUUUCCAUCUACAACCCCCCCCGCCCCCCCCUUCCUGCUCCCCACCCCCAACAACUCCUCUCUCGGCUACGCGAGUGUCUUUUCACUGGUAGAAUCGAAACGAUCGUGGACUGAUGGAGGUGUACUGCAGAGAACGACUCAUGCUCAGAAUCAUGCCGACACCACACGCUCCUUAAGCGGGAGAGAGAUUCCCUGUAGUCCCGCUGGGUGGUUGGACGCUUGGUGGCGGCGGCUGUUAUAGGGGGGAAAAAUAAUAAUUUCCACACUUUCCAAAUCUGCGCAUGGAUCCUGCUUCUUGCAACUCGUCCAACUUUCCAUAGCUUUGUACUGGAGACAGAAUAACGGAGAUCGUGGGGUUAUUGAAAAUCUCCGUGUACAUAUAUUGAAACAUACAAACGAAGGAAGGCAGGGUAUGCUGUUCACCAAGUCGUUGCCUUGUGUAUUAUGACUGCCGCCAGACUCUAAUAGAGGUGCCUUUUCCAAAAAAACUUAGUUCGAUUGCAACUCGAGACCGACUGGGAGGUUAACGAUGGUCUGUUCAGGGAAAGCACUACACACCUUGUGGAGCUUACUGUGCUGGGCAGCGGUGGUGUGCGGAGAGAGUUUAGCCCAGGAACCUUUCGCGAUUCAUUCCAUUAGGACAGACGGAGACCUCACCUUGGGUGGCCUUUUCCCAGUACACGCCAGAGGACCGAAGGGAACUCCCUGCGGGGACCUCAAGAAGGAGAAGGGAAUCCAUCGUUUAGAGGCGAUGCUUUACGCCUUGGACCAGAUUAACAGCGACCCUGAUCUUCUGACCAACAUCACUUUGGGGGCUCGCAUCCUGGACACCUGUUCCAAGGACAUCUACGCACUGGAGCAAUCUCUUACUUUCGUUCAGACUCACAUCCAAAAGGACACUUCGGAUGUGAGAUGCACGAACGGGGAGCCCCCGAUCUUUGUCAAGCCGGAGCGAAUAGUGGGAGUUAUUGGAGCAUCGUCUAGUUCCGUCUCCAUCAUGGUGGCCAAAAUACUGAGACUGUUCAAGAUUCCUCAGAUCAGUUAUGCCUCCACUGCACCCGAGUUGAGUGAUAACAGCAGCUAUGCCUUCUUCUCCCGUGUUGUUCCUCCGGAUUCAUACCAGGCUCAGGCCAUGGUGGACAUAGUGAAGGCCUUGGGGUGGAAUUACGUGUCGACGUUGGCGUCAGAAGGGAGCUACGGUGAGAGUGGAGUGGAGGCUUUCAUGCAGGUCUCCAGAGAAGCCGGUGGGAUUUGCAUUGCCCAGUCCCUGAAAAUCUCAAUGGAGUCCAGAAGAGUAGACUACGACAAAGUCAUCAGGCGGCUUUUGGAUUCACCUGGUGUUCGUGGCGUAAUAAUUUUUGCCUCUGAGGAUGAUGUCAGACAGGUUCUUGCAGCUGCCAAAAGAGCAAGCCAAGCCGGCCAUUUCAUCUGGAUCGGCUCGGACAGCUGGGGCUCAAAGACCUCUCCGGUAAAGCAGCAGGGGGAGGUGGCUGAGGGAGCAGUGACCAUUCUGCCCAAAAGAGCCUCUGUGGAAGGUUUUGAUACAUACUUCACCAGUCGGACCUUGGAGAACAAUCGAAGAAAUGUCUGGUUUGCAGAGUUCUGGGAGGAGAACUUUGACUGUCAAGUGACACGAACGGGAUCAAAAAAAGACACAGCAAAAAAGUGCACAGGAGAAGAAAGGAUUGGAUCACAUUCCCAAUACCAACAGGAAGGUAAAGUUCAGUUUGUGAUCGAUGCUGUAUAUGCCAUGGCCCAUGCACUGCAGAACAUGCACAAAAACCUGUGCCCCGGCUACAUUGGCAUCUGCCCUGCGAUGGACCCAGUUAGUGGAGAAGAUCUCCUGCGGUACGUCCGCAAUAUACAUUUUAAUGGUAGUGCUGGAAACCCCGUGAUGUUCAAUGAUAAAGGUGAUCCUCCCGGCCGUUAUGAUAUCUUCCAGUAUCAGCUCAUUGCUAACAAUACCUGGGACUACCGCCUCAUUGGGCAGUGGACAGAGCAACUGUACCUCAAUGUGGAGGAUAUGCGGUGGGCUGGAGGGAGCCAUGAGCUCCCUGCAUCUGUCUGCAGCUUGCCCUGCAAAGCUGGAGAGCGCAAAAAAAUGGUGAAGGGCGUAUCCUGCUGCUGGCACUGUGAGCUUUGUGACGGAUAUCAGUAUCAACGAGAUGAGUUCAGCUGCUCCAUGUGCAGCUACGACAAGAGGCCCAAUGUGAACCGGACUGGUUGCACCCAUAUCCCGAUCGUGAAGCUCGAAUGGCAUUCACCAUGGGCCAUUAUCCCCGUCUUUCUUGCUAUGCUUGGAAUUAUCGCCACUAUUUUUGUGAUCGCCACUUUUAUACGAUUCAACGAUACGCCCAUCGUGCGGGCAACUGGCCGGGAACUCAGUUACGUCCUCCUCACCGGGAUAUUCCUCUGCUACAUCAUCACCUUCCUAAUGAUCGCCAAACCUAACACGGGAAUUUGCUCCUUCCGUCGCAUCUUCCUGGGCCUCGGCAUGUGCAUCAGCUAUGCAGCUUUAUUGACUAAGACAAACCGGAUUUUCCGUAUCUUUGAGCAGGGCAAGAAGGCGGUGACGGCACCCAGGCUUAUCAGCCCGACCUCCCAGCUGGCAAUCACAUCCAGUCUCAUCUCCGUCCAGCUCCUUGGAGUGUUCAUCUGGUUUGGGGUUGACCCACCAAACACAAUCGUGGACUACGAUGAACAGAAGACCUCGAACCCCGAGCUCGCCAGAGGUGUCCUCAAAUGUGACAUUACAGAUUUGCAAAUCAUAUGCUCCCUGGGAUACAGUAUCCUUCUAAUGGUGACAUGUACUGUUUAUGCCAUCAAGACAAGGGGCGUCCCAGAGAACUUCAAUGAAGCUAAGCCUAUUGGAUUCACUAUGUACACUACCUGUAUAGUAUGGCUUGCCUUCAUUCCAAUAUUUUUUGGCACUGCUAAAUCAGCAGAAAAGAUGUAUAUACAGACCACCACCCUAACCAUCUCCAUGAACCUAAGUGCUUCGGUGGCUCUGGGAAUGCUCUACAUGCCGAAGGUUUACAUCAUCAUCUUCCAUCCAGAGCAGAAUGUUCAGAAGAGGAAGCGCAGCUUUAAAGCAGUGGUUACCGCGGCAACAAUGUCCUCGCGACUGUCCCACAAAGCCUCAGACAGGCCGAAUGGUGAAGCCAAAACAGAGCUGUGUGAAAACGUAGAUCCGAACAGCCCAGCAGCCAAAAAGAAAUACGUGAGCUACAAUGACCUUGUAAUUUAAUUGCUAUGACCUGAAGGGGAGGUCGGGUUCUUCAGGCAUCUGGUCAUUCAUCUGGCACAGGCCUCCAUGUGCCCUACUGCCUACUGGUGGAGGGGCUUGUAAGCCAGGCUUUACCUCAGAGAUUGAACACAGAAGACCCAAGUGUUUGAUAAGCUCCUUGAGAAACAAUUCCUUCAAACCACCAUUGGACUAGCAAGCCACUGGCACUGUUGUAUUGCUAUUUGCGUGACCUUGCGCAUCAGUCAGAGCUGAGACCAAUGUAUCUUUUCGUGUGGGCAAACUGCAAUGAACAAGCGAGAUCUCACAGGGCCUAUUAAGUCUUUGAGUGUACUUCCAGACUGCAGUUUUUGACAAAGAGAAAAAAAAAAUCCAUCUAUAUAGUUUGUGAAGUUUUACGUGGUGCAUCUUUGUUGCUUCUGUUUCACUGUUGCUUCCUGAAUGCAGUCACACUUAUUAAUUGGUCUUGGAAUUACCUGUUUAGUCAACAGUUCAUGUCUUGUUAUGUCCCCUAUGGAGCUGUGAUAAAGGACUAUGAAAGCAUGUUCAUUUUCUACAGUUUGUUUGUAACCAGUAUUGACAAUAAUCUUGCUGCUUAUGUGCCAAUAUUGUGGAAUAUUCUUUCAUCCAAAUAUUAUUAUUUUUUUCUUAUGGUUACUUGUUAAUUGGGACAAAUGAUGUGUUGUCAACGAAUGUAUUAGCACAAGAAAUAAAACCAUUUGGAUUAAUUUUCUAUUCAUGCAAAAUAUGUUUUCUGGUAUUAUUCUAUUGUGAUGAAUCGAGCAGAUAAGGUGAAGAUGCAUCAACGAAUGAAUUAAUAGAAUGAGUAGGCCACUGGGCCUCUCAAGCCCUUUCUGUCCUUCAAUAAGAAUGGUGAUCAGUUUGCAUUCUUGUCUAUCUACAAUAACUUUUGACCCCUGCAACCAUUGCUUAUAAAAAAAUUCCCACUUUUGCUUUUAAACUAUUUCAAAGACCCCCUUGAGGAAGAGAAUGCCAUAGACUUGUGCCAUUCAGGGAAAAUACGAAACUGGCUUCAUUUCUGUAAAUGGGCAAAUAAUUAUCUUUAGAAAGUCUCCACUUACUGAUAGAUUUCCUCAUCAAUGGAAAUACCCAUCCAGUCAAGAUACAUUGAGAACAAAUACAUUUUAAAUUAAAUACCCCUUUGCCUUUCUAAAUUUGCAAAGUCAAGCCUGACCUGUCUUAUCUUUCCUCAAAAGACAUUCUUCCUCUGGCCUCUUUGAACUACUUCCAGCACGUCAAGCAUUGAUAUUAGCAAUUGCUUGAGUAACUGCCCUCUGCUACAUACAACACAUUUUGUAGUUUAUAACAUUUGCUGCUUUGUGGAUAGCUUGUCCUAAAAUCUGGCCAUUUGCUAGAAAGAUUAUGAGAACUGAAUAGCGGGGCAAUUAAUAAUUGGACGAGGGAUGAGCCAGCAGUGCUGAAGGGGCAGAAGGAAUUUUGUCUGCCCUUUCUGAUGGACAUAGAAACACUGACAUCCCUUAAUCAUCAAAAACUAGCCCUCAUCAUUACAACAUGGGCAACACAUUUCAACACACAGGGGUGUAAAACAUUCUAGAGCAGGACCACAUAUGCCAGAUUAAAAGGCCUAUGGGAACUAGGGAGAAUAAUUGAGGCAGGCUGGACUUCAUCAUGAUUAAGGAUGCAAUUGCUCUGUUGAAAGAAAUGAUGUAAUUUGAAAGAUGGAACAAUUGGAAAUAUCCAAUUGGAAUUAAAAGGAAAGAAUUUAAAAUUGUAGUAAGAAUUACGUAAAGGCACAUAGAGUUGUAAACGUAAUGUACAAAAGCAUGAAUUAGAUAAGCAUGUCGCAAAAUCAAGACUGGUUUUAAUAGACGAGGAAAGUUAAAUUUUGGAUUGCGAAUAACUCGUUAGAAAAGUGCUGGAUUUUCUCGAGCAUGUUCAGACAUUGUUUUGGACAAUAUUACCUCGACUCAACAGAGAAGAGUAAGUUAGGGCACUGUAAGUAACAUUGUAACUGAAGAUGAGACAACAGUGACGCGAUUGAAUACAUAUUUUCGAUCAGUACCAAAAGAAAGAUGAAUUUAAUUUGUGCUCCUUGGUUCACAAACUCAGGAAGUCCCAACAUACUUUACAGCCAAGUAAACACUUAUAAGUCUACUGUAGUAAAGUGACAUCCCACUACACUGAAGCCAAAACUGUAGCUAGAACACUUAAACAUACAAGGAGAUAAGGCAAUUGUAAAGUGAAGGCAGUUGGUCAUUUCACACGUCAAUUUGACGAGUUCCUAUCUCAACGUGGCAUUAGCAAUUAAAAAAAAUUAUUUUUGAAGAAACUAUUUAAACACAGUUAAAAAAAAUCUGAGAAUCGAACACAAAAGAUCCAAGGACAUAAUUUAUGUAACUGCUUUCACCAACAGAUAAUUUAACAUAAAUAUUCACUUGGAAUAGAAACUUUUGAUAACCUAAGAGUUCGUCACCACUACAACAGUUUUUUUUAAAUGAUAAGGACUAAUUAAAUCCAAGCAACUCAUGGACCUAUGGUACAACGAAGAGGGAGUCAUUUGCGUUAAUCCAAAUUGUCACGGGUGUGAUGUGUGUUAUUAAUAAAAGGUGAUUUUGGGAAACUUGCAAUGGAACUGCAGAUAGGGGUGAUCACCUGUGUGAAUAGGAACAAGCUCCUUCAAGAAAUCACUGGAGUGAGCUAAUGCUCAGAACCAGAGAUAGAACAAAGUACAUGCAAGCUGAAAUUAUUUUGCAGUUUAAGAAUUAAAGCUGUGUAAGGAUGUUAGAAUACAAAGGUCAUAUUAGUGCACGAUAUUUUGUAGUGUUUUAUAUCAAAUAAUCAUUUGUAGUUGUAAGAUUUUAUGUAAUAUUAUUUGUAGUGCUUGCUUUUAUAUUUUAUUUGUAAUGUUUACUUAGUUUUAAUAAACUUAUGAAAGAUU